GCUGUGUCACGUGGUGUUGGGGGGGAUGUGGGCGCGCGCCGGAGUCACGUGAGGGCGGCGUCACGUGACGCCGCGAUGGCUGACGGGGGGGGGCGGAGGCGCCGGGAGGACCCCUCUGUGCGGCUCUCGAAGAAGCUGAGCUAUGUCCUCCGCCAUGGGGCGACCGCCGUGGGGCUGAGCAUGGGGCCCGACGGCUUUGCUGAGGUGGGGGCUCUGCUGGCGCUCCCCCUCUUUGCGGGGGUCUCGGAGGACGACGUGCGUCGGGUGGUCGGGGGGGACCCCAAAGGGCGCUUCACGCUGCGCCCCCACCCGCUGCGCAUCCGCGCCAACCAGGGGCACUCCCUGCCGGUGCCGCUGCUGGAGCUGCGGGCGCUUUCCCCCCCCGCGCUGCCCCCCACUCUCGCGCACGGGACGCGGCGGCGCCGAUGGCCCCAAAUCCGCCGCGAAGGGCUAUCGGUUAUGGGCAGAAACCACAUCCACCUGGCGGGGGGGGUGCCCGGGGACCCCCCUCUGUGCAGUGGGAUCCGAGCGGACUCCGAGAUCGUUAUCUUCAUCGAUGGCCCCGCAGCGAUCGCCGCGGGGAUCCCCUUUUUUCUCUCAGCAAAUGGGGUGAUCCUCAGUCCGGGGGACUCCAAUGCCACCAUCCCCCCCCGAUUCUUCCGGAGUGUUCUACAGCUGCGGCCGCACCGGUGUGAACUGCCUUUGGGGGGGCCCCAGGAGGGGGGGGGGGACGACCCCCCUGAACCCCAAUAAAGGAUUCGCUGCUGUGAA